AUGGAUAAAGAGUUUGAGAUAUUACUGUAUGGUGCAAGUAGCUUUACUGCAGACUUUAUUAUUCCCUAUUUUGAGAACCUUUCAGUAAAUGUUGGCUUAGCUGCUCGAAAUAUUCAAAAUAUCCGUGAGACUAAUUUACCAAAAAUACAAUGUACACUUGUAGAGGCAGCAUUAAAAACACAAAUCUUAAUAAACUGUGUGGGGCCUUAUCAUCUCACUGGUGAAGAAUGCAUUAAAUCAUGUUUAAACAAUAAUACACAUUAUAUUGACAUUUGUGGAGAAGUAAAUUUCAUUAGAUACAUUUACGAUAAGUACAAUAACGAAGCAGCGCGAAAAAAAUUGUUUAUAAUACAAGCAUGUGGUUUUAAUUCCUUAAUUGCAGACAUGGGAACAGAUUUAUUGAGGCAGUGUUAUGACAGAGAUGUUGAAAUUAAAAGUAUUUUAGAAGUUAAAAAUUGCACUAUAAAUUUUGGUAGCUGGCAGAGUUUAUUGGAUUCAUUGGAAACAUUUAAUAAUAGUAAAAAAAUCAAAGAUAAGUAUAUUAAAAGUAAAAAAACUCCUGAAUACAUGUAUGAUACUAGUUUAAAGUCGUACAUUGUAAAAUUCCAAAGUUCAGAUUAUUACAUAGUUUCAUUGACACAGAAACUCUUAAAAAGUUGUAAUAUGCUUACCUGUAACUAUAUAGCCUAUGUUAAAGUAGAUAAUAUUUUUUUAUAUUUUUUAUAUCUAUUUUUAAUAACUACUUUUUGUAAAUUUAAAUUAGGCAAAAAAUUGCUAUUGCGCUUUUAUAAAUUUUUUAGUAAAAAUUUUGUCGAAAAAUCUCUUCCUAUCGAUAAAAUAAAAAAAGGUUCUUUUAAAAUUACUUUUGAGAGUGUAGGAAUGAAGAAUGUUGAAUAUAUAAGCAAAAAUCUUGUAAUUAGUGGACCAGACCCCUAUACCACUACUGGUAUAUGUGUUAGUCAAUCAGCAUUAGUUUUAAAAGAAAUGAUUUUUAAAAGGAAUAUGGGAGAUAAUGUGUGUAAUUUUCCCGGUGGUGUAUUAACACCCGGAUUUGUAUUUAGAAAUACAAAGCUACCAGAAAAUAUUGAAUCGUUAGGUAUUUCAAUAAAUCUAUUGCAAUAA